AUGUCCACUACUUCUGAUCUUACUGAUAAAACCGUUGAACAAUUGGAAAAAUUGUCCAUUAAUAACGGUAGCGAAACCGCCCCAACUACUACUUCUGAAGAUUCCAAUGAUAUGCUAACUAACCCAGCUUCUUUAUAUGUUGGUGAAUUGGACCCAUCUGUAACUGAAGCUGUUUUAUACGAUAUUUUCUCUCCAGUUGGUCCAGUUUCUUCCAUCCGUGUGUGCCGUGAUGCUAUUUCCAAGAACUCCUUGGGUUAUGCUUAUGUUAACUUUCAGGAUUACGAAUCGGGUAAACGUGCCAUUGAACAAUUGAACUACGCUCCAAUUAAUGGUCGUCCAUGUCGUAUUAUGUGGGUUCAACGUGAUCCAUCUUUGAGAAAGAGAGGUGCUGGUAAUAUUUUCAUCAAGAAUUUGGACCCAGCUAUCGACAAUAGGGCCUUGUUUGAUACUUUCUCUGCUUUUGGUGAUAUUUUAUCUUGCAAGAUUUCCACCGAUGAAAAUGGUAAUUCGAGAGGGUUUGGUUUUGUGCACUUCAAAGAAGAAAGCGAUGCCAAAGAUGCUAUUGAAGCUAUCAACGGUAUGUUGUUAAAUGGCAGAGAAGUUUUUGUUGGUCCUCACGUCUCUAGAAAAGAACGUCAAACUAAAUUGGAAGAAUUGAAAACUAAUUUCACCAACUUGUAUAUCAAAAACAUCCAACAAGACGUUACUCUGGAUGAAUUUACUAAAUUAUUUGAAAAAUUUGGUAAGACCACUUCGAUUGUUUUGGCCGAAGAUGGCGAACACAGAAACAAGGGAUUUGGGUUUGUCAACUUUGAAAAUCAUGAGGAUGCUGCAAAGGCUGUUGAUGAAUUGAAUGGAAACGAAUUCCAUGGCUUGAAGUUGUUUGUUGGUCGUGCUCAAAAGAGAUACGAACGUUCUCAAGAAUUGAGAAAGCAAUACGAGCUAGCUAAGGCCGAAAAGAUGGCUAAAUACAGAUCUGUCAACUUGUUUGUUAAGAACUUGGCUGAUUCCAUUGAUGAUGAAAAGUUGGUUGAAUUGUUUUCUCCAUAUGGUACCAUCACUUCUACCAAACUUAUGAGAGAUGAAAACGGUAAUUCUAAAGGGUUCGGUUUUGUUUGUUUUGAAACUCCAGAAGAAGCCAACAGAGCCAUUGCUGAAAUGUCUCAGAGAAUUGUUGCUGACAAGCCAUUGUAUGUUGCCAUUGCUCAAAGAAAAGAUGAAAGACGUUCCAAAUUGGCUCAAGAAUUCCAGGCUAAAAACAACAUGAGAUUCUUUCCACCAGCUGGUAUGCCAGCCCAAUUUGGGGGUGUAGCUCCAGUUAUGUAUAAUAUUUAUCCAGGUGCCAAUGGUCCUGUUCCACCUCAAAUGGCUGGCAGAUUUAUGCAACACCCUCAGAUGAUGAACAAACAAAUGUCAUACGGUGUUCCAGCUCCCCAACAAGGUUUUCCACCAAGAAAUGAUUUUAUGAUGCCACAACCAACAAAGCAAAUCAUUGGUGAACAGUUGUAUGAAAAGGUUUCCAAGAAAACCAGUGGCAAUGAGGCUGCCGCAGGUAAAAUUACUGGUAUGUUAUUGGAAUUGCCAUACCAGGAAGUUCAUCAACUGUUGCAAGAUGAAGGGUUUUUUGAAAAGCAAUUUGCUGACGCUAAAGCUGCCUAUGAAAAUUUCUCUAAGGAACAAGCCAAUGCUGCUGCCUAA